AUGGAUAUCAGCAACGAACAAUCGGGCCAAACGGGCAUGGAGCAAGAUGCAGAUGUCAAGCUGGAAGAGAUCUCAUCAUUUCUUGGCGUUGACAUAAGUGCCGUACAGCGAAUUGACGGCGCUGUACUGACUAGCAUAGCAGACAAGGCAAACAAGUUUGAUUCACUGAAGGCAGAAAAUCUGAAGAUUACCGUAACUCUUGAGGAAGUCAAGACCAAUAUCUCGCAAGAGAAGCAUGCAUGUGAAACGAAGGCUCAGUCAUUACAGAAAGAAGUUGAGAAACUGCGAAGAGACCAAGCAGAUUGUGAAAGGCAACAGUCAACAUUAAUGGAGGAGAAAGCUUCCGCUAUUAAUAAAACCCAAACUUUAACAGCCCAGCUAAAGCAACUGCAAUCCGAAAAAGAAGUCUCGGAUGCUGGCAAAAACGAUGUGGCUCGUUUGAUGAACGAAAAGAUAAGCGACCUUGCGCAAGCGAAGCAGGAGACGGAGAAUAUGCUAGCGAGCAACAAGGAUCUGCGCUCGCAAAUAGUUGAUCUUGAUGCCCAGGUAAGGGUUUCGAAAGCCAGAGAACUGAGCCAACGGGCAGAGCUGCAAAGGGCAACACAAGAGAGCAGCUUGCUUAAAUCUAAUAACGACUGGCUUCAGAGUCGUUUGAAAAGUAUCAACGAAGAAUUCAGCAAUUACCGGAAAGAGAGUGACCAGAAAGUGCAAGAAGCCCUCAGGAAUGCACAAAAGGCUCAAUUCGAAGCACAAGUGUCUACUAGUACAUUGACAACUCUUCGAGAGCAAUACAAUGAAGUGUCACAAAUGUCGGAGCGAAAAAGUGAGAAAAUCAAGCACUUAAGUGAUCAGGCAAACACCGAUAAACAGGAAUUCGCCCGCGAAAUGGCCUUAAAACAGCGAUUGCUGGAAUUAUUAGAAAAUCAGGUUGAAUCUCUGAAAAAAGACUUAACAACCUUUGAAAGUCAAAGAUCGCUAGGAGUUCAGGACCACAAGUCGGAAAAAGAAGAGCUUCUUCAACAAGUCAAAGAUGCCCAGGUUAAGUUAGAUGCAAGUGAGGUCAAAAUUGAACGGUUAGAGAGCACCGUAGAGGAGUUGCUCUCCAUGAAUCAACAAAGCGCCCGCUCAGCGUCACCAUCGGUUUUAAAACAAAAAUCAAGCUCAAAUAGCCAUGGCUCCUACGACUUGACUGUCAUCAAAAAGCAAUUAAUACAUGAGAGGCGUCAGAAGGAAGCCUUGCAAAAUCAGGUGGAAGCAUUCAUUAUUGAGCUAGAACACAAAGCCCCUGUUUUGAAUUCAUUCAAAGAGCGCAAUGAAAUGCUAGAGGAGGAGCUUACGGAGACGGCUCUUAUGCUGGAAUCGAUCACAACUGUGAAAGAGAAUUGCGAACGGGAUCUCCACAGAUGUAAAAGUAAGCUGCGCGAUUAUGAAGCUCAGGUUUCCAGCCUAGUAAAACAACGUUCAGACCUUGCGAGCCAAGUGCAAUACCUUAUUAUACAAGCUUCCUUGUAUUCCAAUUCUGAGCUUCUUCUUUCACCCGAGGAAGUUUCUUUUAUCAAAAAACUUCAGAAGUCCGAAAGCCAUCUUGCAGAGCAGGAUUCUCAAAAAAUAAUCACCGAGCGGUUGGUCAAGUUCAAAGAUGUCCACGAGCUGCAGACGACAAAUAUGAAUUUGCUAAAUUCUGUGAGAAGCUUGGCCAGCAAACUCGAACAAAACGAGAAGACUGCUGGAAAGAUGGCAGAAUCGAUAGAGAAUGCAACGGUAGCUGAAGCCAAAGAGGCGAUUUUGACACUCCAAGAUCAUAAUUCUAAGCUUGAAGAGAGGUUGGCUGUUCUUUCCAGGGAAAAAGAUGCUUUGAAAAAAGUUGUCCACACAAGGAAUACUUCUUCAAUCGAUAACAGUAUUGAUAAGGAUGAAAAGCCAUUUAACUUUGCGAGCAAUGAUAGGAUUAGAGAGCUCGAAGCUCAGAUUACAACUCUUUUGCAAGAAAGUCAAGAGAAUUAUAAGCUAUUGAACGAAGAAACCAAAUCACUUCACAAAAAGAACUCGGAAUUGCUUGUGUCACUUGAGAGAGAAAGAUCUUCAAAGUCUCUUUCCGAUGACCGUCUGGCACUCUUGAAGCAGAAAGCAGAUUUUAUCCAAAGGGAUAAAGAAGAGCUUUCUCGUAGGGUAGAACAGUUGGAGACAAGCUCGGGACACCAAGAGGAAAAUAAUCAAAAGAUUCUAUCCGAACUAAUUGAAUGUCAGGGAUUAUUGAAAACCAAAGAACUCGAAUUGAAGAAUAGGACAGCCGAGAUUGAGAUGUUACGUACCUUUCAACAGGAUUUGAAAACCGAGUUGCAGAAUUUAUCCCGUGAAAAGAAUGAGAUGACAAUUUUGGUUACUCAGUUACAAGCACUUGAAAAGGAGCGCACGGAGAUUAUGGCUAGUAAUGAAAAGAGUUGGAAACAACAACAUUCGAGUUUGACAACCGAACUCUCGGAGCUCAAAGGCACUCUGAAGGAAAGAUCGGAAGAACUAGCAAGUGUCAUGGCGGCAAAAAAUUCUCAAACUCAAUGGUACCAAGAGAAAUUUGAUUCGAUCUCCGAAUCAAACCUCUCGACACAAAAAGAAUGCCAAGCGAAAACUGCUGCCCUACAAGCGUUGGAGAAUGAGGUUAAGCUACUCAAGGGUAGAUUAAAGGAUGAAGAACAUAACAUGCUAUCCUUUGAUCAUAAGUUUACCACAAGCGAAGAAUCAUCACCUGAGGAGUUGCUCAAUUUCCAGUUGAAGGAGGCCAAGCUUCGGUUGAAAGAAGCCUUCUCUCAGGUCGAAGAAUACCAGGCCAUUGCUCGCACGAAUGAGGAGGCUCUUCUCCAAAUUUCUUCAGCCUUUGAAGAGUCUAAGGCAAUUACCAAUAAAACCAUUUCUGAUCUUGAACUCGAAAGUGCAACUUUGAAGCAGAAAGUCUUGGAUCUGGCAGACGAAAAACAAGAAGUACAGCGCAGCUGGGAAGCUGAAAGAAAGGAUUAUGAUUCUAAGAGUAAACAAUUUAAGGAUGAAAUCUCAAACCUGGAAAAUAAGCUGAUGUCUUUUGAAUCAAUGAAGGCCGAUUGUGAUGCCAAAUUGGCAAAGGCCCAAGAAGAUUUGGCGCAUCAACUAAACGUGAUAGACCUCAAUCGGCAAAUAUAUGAGAAAGAGAAAGUUAAGUAUAAAGAUUUCGACACUGAUCUGGACCGCGCUAAAGAGGAGCUAAAUGAUGCAAGGAAUAAGGCCGACGUUUUCAGAAGAGAAGCAGAAAUUGCAAGAACUACAAUCAAGGAGGAAGAAGAAGCUUGGAACAAUCAAAAAUCCGAUUAUGAUGCAAAACUGAUGUUUGUGAAUGAGCGAAAUGAAGACUUGGCCACGCAAAAUCGCCUUUUAUGUGAGCAGCUGGACGUCAUGAGCAAAGGUACAGGCGCGGUGGAGGCUGAGGGAACUGAAAACUUGCAAUCAAAUCAGCUUGUAGCCUCAUUGCGUCGGGAAAAUGACAUCGUGUCAGCCAAACUAGAGAUAACUAGGCGGGAGGAAAAAGCGCUGCGCCUUAAAUUACAGUCUUCCGAAGCUCAACUUGAAGUUGUUAGAGGGGAAUUAGUUCGAACUCAAAUCAUGCAUUAUCCCGAAUCUCCUUCUGAAAGGGAGCAUGAGGUCAUCAUAAAUGAGCUUAAUCAAUUAAAUCUUUUCAGGGAGAGUAAUGUCACUCUUCGAGAGCAGAUCAAAAAGCAUAACGACACCAUCAAAGAACUUCAAACGUACAUUGACACUCUAGAAGAUAAAGUCGUGCCACUAGAAAAAGAAAUCCAGUCUUUGCAUAACAAUGUCGCAGCUAAAGACCGAGAAACGACUUUGUUGAAGGAAGAAGCAGCGAGGUGGAAGCAAAGAUCCCUAGAUGCCUUGCGCAGGGACUCCCAUGUAGACGUUAGUGAACAUGAAAAACUGACCGAAGAGCUAAAAGAGUUGAAGGAAUCUGUGAAGGCCAAAGAAGCUCAAAAUGCGGAGUUAGAGGACAGGUUUCAAAGAUUGAAAAAACAAGCACGGGAGAGACUGGACAACGCCAAAGUUCAACAAGGUAAUCUAAAUGUACAAUUGGAAGAGCUUAAGAAUAAUGUGCAAGCCUUGGAAAGUGAACUCCAUAAAGAGCGCCAGUUGAGGACAGCUCUAGAAAUGGAGGGCUCUAAACAUGCAUUGGAGAGCUCUGAUCAAGAUGUAAGAAACGAACUUGAACUAGCUCACCAGGCUAUAAAGGAAACUGAAAUUAAAUUAGCUGAAAUCCAAGCAACUGGUAAUGCCACGGAGAAGCAAUUGAGGAAAGAACUUGAAGAUGCGAGAGCCAGAUUGGCGGCCUUUCAAGAAAAUGCCUCUCAGGACACGAUUGAAGACCAUUUAAGUGCGGAAGCCUCGAAAGAAGAAUUGAAUAAGGCACUCAGUGAGUUGGAGGCCACCCUGAAAGAUCAGUUUGCAAAGGAGAAGGAAUCCAUAUUAUCUCAACAAAAGGAAGUAUUACGUAAAGCUUUCGAGGAGGAAAAGGCCGAAGAAAUGAAGAGACUUGAAAGCGAGCUGAACGAAAAAAAUAAUGAGCGCAUUGAUAUUGACGCUAUAAAAAAACAGUGGGAGCAAGCGUAUGAGGAGAAUACUCUGAAACGUAUUGAAGAAGCAAACAAAGAUCUUCGAAAAAGGAUUCGACUCCCUACGGAGGAUAAAAUUAAUAAAAUAAUUGAAGCCAGAAAGAAGGAGCUCGAGGAUGAAUACUCCCGUCGCGUUGAGGAGGCAUCGAAAAAUGCCUCUACCAGCCGGCCAGCCACGGCAGGCUUCACGGAAUUGAUGAAGAAUCACAAGCAGGAAGUGGACAAAAUUAGAAAAGAAUUGACUGAAAAGUUUGAAACAGAAAUAAGACAGGUAAAGAAGAAAGCUUUCGACGAGGGCAAACAGCAAGCAGGUAUGAAAUCAAUAUUUCUAGAAAAGAAAAUCACCAAACUUGAGGAACAGUUGAAAAACGCUUCGUCGAACCCAUUGCAGGCUCCUGUAUCCAGACAAGCUUCUGCAGGUGGAACAAGGCCUUCUAAAAUUACUGAAGUUCAACCGCUUCAGGAGUCAAGCGAACCAUCGCAGCCAAACAUAGCGCCUCUGCCGAUAAAAACACUGCCUUUUAACGAAAACGAUGCGGACGCCAAGAAUGAGCCAAGUCCCACAAUUACUUCUGGAACACUCUCUUCAGCUCAACCAACCGCUGAUAACGGCAAUGGGUCACCUAAACGUUCGGCAGAGGCUGCCGGGUCCAUUAAUGAAAACCAGGGAAACUGCUUCAAAAAACCCAAGGGUCCUGAUUCAGAUGCCUCAAUCGAGUGA